CCAGACCUAUCAAAAAGAGACCAUAUUGGCAAGAUGGCGGUGCAGAUUUCCAAGAAGAGGAAGUUUGUCGCUGAUGGCAUCUUCAAAGCUGAACUGAAUGAAUUUCUCACUCGGGAGCUAGCUGAAGAUGGCUAUUCUGGAGUUGAGGUUCGAGUUACACCAACAAGGACAGAAAUCAUUAUUCUGGCCACCAGGAUCCAGAAUGUUCUCAGUGAGAAAGGCCGGCGGAUCCGAGAAUUGACCACUGUAGUUCAGAAGAGGUUUGGAUUCCCUGAGGGCAAUGUAGAGCUUUAUGCUGAAAAGGUGGCCACAAGAGGUCUCUGUGCCAUUGCCCAGGCAGAGUCCCUGCGUUACAAACUCCUAGGAGGGCUUGCUGUGCGGAGGGCCUGCUAUGGUGUGCUGCGGUUCAUCAUGGAGAUUGGGGCCAAAAGCUGCGAGGUUGUAGUGUCUGGGAAACUCCGAGGACAGAGGGCUAAAUCCAUGAAGUUUGUGGAUGGCCUGAUGAUCCACAGUGGGGACCCCGUUAACUACUAUGUUGAUACCGCUGUGCGCCAUGUGCUGCUCAGACAGGGUGUACUGGGCAUCAAAGUGAAGAUCAUGCUGCCCUGGGACCCAAGUGGUAAGAUUGGUCCUAAGAAGCCACUGCCUGACCACGUGAGCAUCGUGGAACCUAAAGAUGAGAUCCUGCCCACCACUCCCAUCUCAGAACAAAAGGGUGGGAAGCCAGAGCCACCUGCCAUGCCCCAGCCAGUCCCUACUGCAUAAAUGGGUUUCAUUGGCAUUUGGAUCUGGAGCCUCAAUGUUGCUUUGUAAAGACCUUUAAUAAAACUCUUUUAAAAGGCACAUGGCCUGAUUUGACUGUAUGUCCAGUGUUCAGAAUCUGAAAGUCAUGUUGGUCCAUAGGAGCUUGUCUUUCCUUGCUUGGUGCUUAGGGUCGCCUAGCUUAAGAUGUUUCUGUGCUUUCUAAAGCCUUCUUGGUUUGCAAAGCUAACCAGAGAAGUAACUGGGGCAGUAAAUCUGGUGACAGUGAAGUCUGAUUGCUUGCAGCACAGCACCUUCAUUAACUGACCUGUAGUUCAGGGUUAUAGGAUCAGAAAUGGGGUGUACAUAUAUAAGUGGAGUCAUAGUAUUUGUCUGUCUGUGUCUGGCUCAUUUCACGCAACAUGAAGUCUUCAAGGUUCCAUCCAUGUUGUAGCUUGUACCAGACCAUUUCUUUUUAUAGCAGAAUGAUAUUCCAUUGUGUAUGUUUGUUUAUCCAUUCAUAUGUUGGUAGACACUUGGGUUGUUUCUGCCUUGUGGGUAUUGUGAAUAAUGCUGUGAAUAUUGGUGUACAAAUGAGAUAUUGUUAGGAUGACUUUUGAUGAUUAAGGAAAUGCAUAUUGCAUGUAGAAAAUAAAUCCUGGCCAUUAUAUUUCGGGUAAUACCAUGUUCUAAGUGUUGCAUAUUACAUAUAUUCUUAUGUAAUCCUCAACAUCUCUAAAGUGUAAAGAGAAAUUGCUUGUGUCACUGAAGUAUCAAAAGCAUUUUUAAAAGUAUAAAGAGCAUUUAAGUUGUCUACAGCUUUACCUAUCAUGAUAAUGUUUUGAAGUGUUUUCUACCUAUGUCUUCAUUUUACAUAAUUGGGUUCUGUUAGUUUUACUCAUGAAACCAGUGAAGUACAAGCUGGCAUGGAAAUUCUACAGGAUUGAUGAUAAACUAGAUUCUG